AUGAUUUUUAAGUCUAGGAUAUCUGCCUUAAGCAUAUCCAGAAAAGUUUUAACAACAUUCAGAUUUUUAGCAGCAGGUAGCUACCAAUGGGAUGUUGCCAAAAAUAUUAAUCACGCUAUAUCUCAAACUGCUGUUUCUAAGUUAAUUCAUGAGGUAGUGGAUGCGCUUAACCAUCCAGAAAUUUUAAACGAGUAUGUCCAUUUGCCACGGAACAUGGAGGAGCUUCGCUUGUUAAGGGAUAAGUUUUAUAGAACACAUAACUUCCCAGGGGUUAUUGGCUGUGUUGAUUGCACACAUGUGGCAAUAGUGGCACCCAAACAGGGAAAUCAGUAUCCAGAGGAGCUUUAUGUCAACCGUAAAGGAUACCACUCCUUAAAUGUACAACUUAUUUGUGAUCCAGAUUUAAAAAUCAUGAAUAUUUGUGCUCGAUAUCCAGGUAGCAGUCAUGAUAGCUACAUUUUCAAUAAUAGUGCAGCCUACCAAUUUAUUCGAAACAUUCACAACAAUGGACACAGGUCGUUUUCUUUUCUAGAUGAUUCUGGAUAUGCUUUAAGGCAGUGGAUGUUGACACCCUUCCACAAUGCGUUACCUGCUACUCCAGAAGAAAUGUAUAACAUCCAUCACAAAAGAACUUGA